UUAUGCUUGAAUUUUUGCCUAUAUGUGCGGGUGUGUAAUUGUGUUUGCGUGUGUUUGGGCGAAUUUUUUCGUAAUAAAAAAAAAAAAAAAUAUAAAUAAAAUUGAACAAGAAAAAAUAUAAACAAUUAAGCGGAAAGUAAUAUAAGUGAAAAAGAAUUUGAAACAGGAGAAGUGAAAUUUCACUACAACCAAACGAAUCAAGUUCAAGUUAAUCUAGCACAGCGCAGCACCCGAGGAAAAUGUAAAUAAAUGCAAGAAUUAAAGUCUAUUUAAAUAAGAAUCAACAAAUAGUUUAAAAGACGAAAAUACUUAGGGAGUGAGGGUGAGAGAGAGAAGAAAAGAGAGAGAGAUAGGGACGCAGAGACGGAGAUGAAUUAUAUUUGAUAUUUGAGGCUCUAACAACUAAAGAAAUAUCACGACAACAUUGGAUCCCACAUAAAUGACAUAAAGAAGUUCUGCUUUUUUUCCCCUCCUUCUUUGGCAAUCGUCAUAGCUUAACUGAUCUCGAUUACUUCGAUCUUAAGUUUUUACGUAGAAAAUAUAUAUGUGAAAAAAAAAAUAUAAACAAAGCAAAAACGAAAAGUCGUUAUUACAAGUGGUUAAAUCACAUAGCAGAAAAAAACAAAAAAAACAAAAAAAAAAAACAGAAAGAAAAAACAAAUUGUAAAAAAUGUCGUUUACAUAAAUACUAAGCGUUCAUGGAUUUCGUUUCGAAAUAAAGCAAACAAAAAUCGCUUAACUUUUAGCAUAAUGGAUGAUAAUAAUAAAUGUGCAGAAAUUAAAAACGGUUCAUUAAAAAAUGGUAACAAUUAUACCAACGCGGGUAGGUCUCUACCUAGCGAAUCAAAGGAAAUUAGCAAUUUGCGCCGGGCUUUACCGCAAUUUUUAGCCGUUAGUGCAAAAAAUAUUUUACUUUUUGUUUAUGGCAUGACAUUGGGAUUCCCAACAAUUGUUAUACCAGCGAUACAAGGUGGUGAGGGCAGAGAACCGAGUGAUAUAGUAUUAAAUAGAGAUCAAAUCUCUUGGUUUAGUUCCAUUAAUUUAAUUUGUGUACCUCUAGGAUGUAUAUUCUCGGGUGUAUUAACUCAACCUAUAGGCAAACGGAGAGCUAUGCAGUUAGUCAAUCUGCCAAUACUGGCAUCAUGGAUUCUAUUUCAUUUUGCUACGAAAACAGAACACUUAUAUGCAGCUCUUUGUUUGAGCGGUUUAGGCGGUGGUCUUAUGGAAGCACCGGUGCUCACGUAUGUAGCAGAGAUCACGGAACCUAAAUAUCGUGGUAUUUUAUCAGCAUUGGGUUCUACUUGCGUCAUUACAGGAAUAUUUAUACAAUUCAUAAUGGGCUCUCUCAUGGAUUGGCGUACCAUAGCUGCGAUAAAUGCAGCUUUUCCUAUUCUCUCUAUUAUAGCUCUGUGCUUUGUACCUGAAAGUCCUAUCUGGUUAAUUAGAGCACAACGUUUUCGUGAGGCGAUAAGGUCGUUACAAUGGCUACGUGGCUGGGUUUCUGAGCACGAUGUAAAGGAGGAAUUUAAUCGUUUAUACGAUGAAUUAAUCACACAGCCUGCUCUGGAAGAAGCAAAGGAAUCUAUAGAUCAUAAAACUCAUGCGUAUUUGAGCCGUCUGCGUAUGUUUAAGAAACGUUCAUUUCUGGUACCAUUUCUAUUGGUCGCUUACACCUUCUUCACGGGUCAUUUCUCCGGCAAAACGAGUCUUCAGACAUAUGCCGUUCAAAUUUUUCAUACCCUGAAAGCACCCAUUAACAAAUAUCAUGCGACCAUUCUAUUGGGCGUUGCCGAAAUGAUUGCCACAAUAAUGUGCGUAUUUUUAAUACAUUUCACUGGUAAAAGACCCUUGGUGUUGAUUUCUACCGUAGGAGUAGGCAUUUGCUUUUUCGGUACUGCCACAUACGCUUAUCAUUUAAAAAUUAUACCUGGUUUUGCGAUCAACAAUGUGGUCGUAAAUGCUUCAUCGCUUGUGCCAAACGAAAGCAUUUUAAGUCACGAUAAUAUAACGAAGAUAUUUGAAAACCAAGGAAAUUCCGAGCCAGCCUUCUCGGACAAAAUUAAAUCAAAUAAAACUCAAAGAGAGUUGCCGCGGCAAAACUCGACCUUCGGCUAUCACGAGAAUGAGAGCAUCGCUGAUUUAAAUGAUACCAUUGUACUUAUGUACACCACAACAAUUUCGCCAAAUUUGAUUUCUACUACGAAUAAAGGAUUACUUAAUGCAAUGGAUCCUAAGGAUAUUGAAAAUAAUAUAUUAUUAAACUUGCCGCAACAGGAGAAGAAUACAUUAGUGUGGCUACCUCUUAUCCUAUUAUUGGGUGCUGCGUUUUUUGCCCAUUUUGGUAUACGUAUGAUACCUUGGAUUUUAAUAGGCGAAGUAUUCCCGGCACCAGUUCGAAGUACCGCCUCAGGCUUAGUUAGUGGUUUGGGCUAUAUCUUCGGAUUUUUGGCAAAUAAAUUGUUCCUUCAAAUGCUUGGCGCGUUAACGUUACCAGGAACGUUUUGGUUUUAUUCGCUUGUGGCUUUAGUUGGUGCUGUAAUUUUAUACUUUACUUUGCCAGAAACGGAAGGACGCACACUUGGUGAAAUUGAGGCUCAUUUCUCCAAGAAAUCUACAAUAAAUUUGCUAAGCAAAAAGCAACAAAAACAAUUUAAGGAAAAUGAUCAGAAAAAAGAAAAAUUAGAAUCACACCAAUUUCAAAAGCGUCCUUCUAUAUCAAAACCUAUACUUAUGGGUAACGCUGUAAUACCUAUAAGUUCUCCCAAAGAAACGAAUAUCAUACAACUGCAACAAUGUGAACCUAUGCCACCUGAUCGACCUACAAGCGGUAUUGAUGUUACAAGCGCUAAUGGCGUUGUACUAGGAAGUAAAGAAGGCUUUACUAACCUGGCUUAUGAAAAGAGCGACACCACUCAUUUGUAAAUAAAUAAAAAAUUG